AUGGAAGCAGUAGUUGUCACAAAAGGGCAGGAAAAGAAGAUGGAAGUGGCAGAAAUGAAAAUGCUGAGGUGGUCAUUAGGUCUUACAAAAAUGGACAAAGUCAGGAACGAGGAAACAAGAAAGAGACUAGGAGAUGGGGAACUGAAUGGAAAGCUACAGGACAGCAGAUUACGGUGGCUGGGACAUGUUGUACGAAGAGAUGAAAGAUACGUAGGGAAGCGUGUGAGAAGUUUGCACGUGGGAAGGAGAAAGAUAGGCAGAUCAAAGAGAAGAUGGGAGGAUUGCGUGAGAGAAGAUAAAAUGCAGAGAGGACUGAGCGAAAAUGAUGCAGCUGAUAGGAAGCUGUGGAGGAGAAAGAUCCGCACUGGCGGCCCCAUUAACUGGGACUAA